AUGGCGGGACUCGAGCUGCUCGAUCAAGGUUUGAGAAUUGACGGACGAAAAGCACAUGAACUGCGAAAAAUACAGUGUCGAAUGGGUGUAUUUAGUCAAGCAGAUGGCUCGGCUUAUAUAGAGCAAGGAAACACCAAAGUUCUGGCCGCUGUCUACGGGCCGCACGAAAUUCGAGGUGGACGUGGAAAGGCUUUAGCGGACAAAGUUCUUGUAAACUGUCAGUACAGCAUGGCGACUUUCAGUACCGGGGAGAGGAAGCGGCGACCGCGGGGAGAUAGAAAGUCCACAGAGAUGACCAUGCAUUUGAAGCAAACAUUUGAUGCUGCCAUUAUGACCAGUCUCUAUCCUCGCUCUCAGAUUGACAUCUUUGUUGAGGUAUUGCAGUCAGACGGGGGUAACUAUUGCGCGUGCGUGAACGCAGCCACUUUGGCGCUGAUUGACGCUGGUAUUCCGAUGAGGGACUUUGUGUGUGCUAGCUCAGCCAGUUUUAUAAAUGACACACCCGUAGUGGAUAUCAGUUACUUGGAGGAAUCAUCUGGAGGCCCGCAAAUGAUUAUGGCAGUGCUUCCAAAAUCUGAACAGAUUGUACUAUUAGAAAUGAACUCAAGGCUUCACGAGGAUAACUUGAGUAAAGUUCUGGAUCAGGCCAUGAAAGGUUGCCAGGAUGUUUAUAAUGUUCUGAACACAGUUGUUAGAGAACAUGUCUCCAAAGUAGCACAGAACUGGGACCAGUAAUUCUAAGCUUCAUUUAUGUACACCACUAUUUGUUUUUGUUUUUUUUUUAAAUAAAACAUGUACAUAUUUAAAUGA